AUGUUAUCUAUUAUUCUAUUUCUAUUCAUUUCACUUGUAAAUACACAAUAUAAUUAUCCUAAACAACAAUAUCCAUUGAAUAAUUUUAAUAGUUGGUCAUCUUUUUUACCGAAUUAUCCAACAUGGAAUCAAGGAAUACAAACAAAUCGAGCAAGUGUGCGAGGAAAUCUUUUAAGUGAUGAUACAUCUGUAUUGCCAUAUGGUUCACAGAUAACUGUAUAUCUAGCAGAUGUUUCUAUUCAAGAUGUAGCAGCUCGUCCUAUUAAUACAUUUGUUCUUUACGGAUCAUAUCGUUUUCCUAUUGCAUAUGAAAUUUCAUAUUCAAUAGCACAGAUACAAUCUAAUAAUAAUAUUCAACAAUAUGCUAUUCAAGCUCGUAUUGAAAAAGAUGGUCAAUUACUUUAUAUUAAUGAUCGCUAUACACCGGUUCGAUUAAUACCAGCUCCCAUCAAUCCUAUUAAUGUUGUCAUGAAAAAAGUCGGUCCAUCAAUUUAUCCCGGAAACAAUGGUGGAAUCUAUACGACAAGACCACCAAUGAUCAAUGGUAUUUAUGUUUGUCAAUUGAGACCAGAUCCUGGUCUAUGUUAUGCAAGCAUUGAACAAUAUUAUUUUAAUACUCAAUCACGUUCAUGUCAAACUUUUAUAUGGGGUGGUUGUGGUGGUAAUCAAAAUCGUUUUUCAUCUCGAGAAGAAUGUGAACGUGUAUGUUCAGUAUAUCGACGACGAAUUAUGAAUAAUAAUGCAAAACAAAAAUGGAGUGGUUAA